UGUGAUUCGCUAUCGCUCUGGUAGGAACCGGCGCGCGCCGGUGGCUGUCGCGUGGAGUCGAGGGCGGAUAGUCGGCGUUUGGGACCUGCGUGUCGCGUGUGGAGUCAGCUGGAGGUCACAGCGGUCAUCGGUGCGCCUGCGCGUAUUGUGGUGAAGAUGGCUAAGACUGCUGCCUUGGAAGCCAAAAUUCAGGAGUGGUUGUCAUGGGACAAGAAUGACGCCACCCGCUCGGAGAUCGCCUCGCUGCAGGAGGCGGGCGACUGGGCGCGCCUCUCCUCACUCCUCGAGAAGCGGAUGGCGUUCGGCACGGCGGGCCUGCGGGGGCGCAUGGGCGCCGGCUACGCCUGUAUGAACGACCUGGUGAUCGUACAGACCACCCAGGGGCUGGCUGACUACCUGCUGAAAACGGUGCCCAACGCAGCCCAGCGAGGGGUGGUGGUCGGAUAUGACGGAAGAUAUCAUAGUCGGAGGUUCGCUGAGCUGACGGCCAGCAUAUUCCUACACCUGGGUGUCAAGGUGUGGCUGUUCGCCAAAAUCUGCCCCACGCCCUGGGUGGCAUUCGGCACACGCUACUACAAGGCAGCCGCCGGCAUCAUGGUUACGGCCUCACACAACCCCAAACAGGACAACGGCUACAAGGUCUACUGGGACAACGGCGCCCAGAUAAUCCCUCCGCACGACUCUGGCAUCCAGUCGGCGAUCCAGGCGCUGCUGGAGCCGCGCGCCACCUCGUGGGACACGUCCGUUAUAGGUGGCGCCACCGACCCGGGCCCCGAGCUGACGCCCGCCUACAUGGAGCGGCUGUCGGCGGCCAUGCGGCAGCCGCAGCUGAACGCCGACAGCCCGAUCCGCUUCACCGUCACCUCCAUGCACGGAGUGUCUCACCCGUACAUGUGUGAGGCGUUCAAGGCGUGCAACUUCAAGCCGUUCAUCCCUGUCAGGGAGCAGAUGGAGGCGGACCCGGAGUUUCCGACCGUGCCGUUCCCGAACCCGGAGGAGGGUAAGUCGGCGCUGAACCUGGCCAUGGCCACCGCAGACGCCGGCGGCAGCACGGUGAUCCUCGCCAACGACCCGGACGCCGACCGCCUGGCGGUGGCCGAGAAACAACCCAGCGGCGAGUGGCGUGUGUUUAACGGUAACGAGACGGGCGCCCUGCUCGGCUGGUGGUGCUGGUCCUCGUACCCCUCGCCAGACGACAAAGACACCUGUUACAUGCUCGCCAGCACAGUCUCGUCCAAGAUUCUGCGCUCCAUCGCCGAGAAGGAGGGCUUCCACUUUGAGGAAACCCUGACCGGCUUCAAGUGGAUGGGUAACCGGGCCGAGCAGCUGAUGCUGCAGGGGAAGAAGGUGCUGUUCGCCUUCGAGGAGGCCAUCGGCUUCAUGUGCGGCACCACGGUGCUGGACAAGGACGGCGUUAGCGCCGCGCUGGAGGUCGCCCAGAUGGCCACCACGCUGGCCAACAAGGGACUGUCUCUGACCCAGCAGCUCGACCUUAUCUACGAUAGGUACGGUUUCCACACGACCAACAACUCUUACUACCUCUGUCACGAGCCGGAGGUGGUGAAACGCAUGUUCGAGCGCAUCCGCAGCCUCGGCGGCGCUCCGGGCAAGUACCCGACGUCCCUGGGCGGCGGCCAGUACCGGAUUGGCGCCGUGCGUGACCUGACCACGGGCCACGACUCUGGCCAGCCGGACGGGCGCGCCAUUCUGCCCGUGUCGUCCUCCAGUCAGAUGAUCACCUUUACGUUCUCCGAGCCGCAGGCGGUACUCACGCUGCGCACCAGCGGCACAGAGCCCAAGAUCAAGUGGUACUCGGAGAUCCGCGCCCAGCCCGGCCAGACGUGA